AUGGCCACAGCCUGUAAAAGAUCGCCAGGAGAAGCGCAGUCUGACGACACUGAAGCCAGCCGAAUGAAGCGAGCAGCCGCCAAGCAUCUGAUAGAGCGCUACUACCACCAGCUCACUGAGGGCUGCGGGAACGAGGCCUGCGCGAAUGAGUGCUGCGCUUCCUGCCCGUCCUUCCUGCGCAUGGACAACAAUGCGGCCGCCAUCAAGGCCCUCGAGCUCUACAAGGUCAAUGCCAAACUCUGUGACCCUCAUCCGUCCAAGAAAGGGGCCAGCUCCGCCUACCUGGACAGCUCGAAGGGGGCCGGCGCCGGCGCCGGCGCUGGCGCGGACGGGAAGAUGAACAGGAAGGACGGCCCGGCGUCCAGGAGCGACUUUAAAGAUGUGGCUUUCCUCACCGAAGAAAUCGUCUAUGAAAUUCUUGAGUUAUGUAGAGAGAGAGAGGAUUACUCCCCUCUGAUCCGGGUGAUUGGGCGAGUGUUUUCCAGCGCCGAGGCCCUGGUGCAGAGCUUCCGGAAAGUCAAGCAGCACACCAAGGAGGAGCUCAAGUCUCUGCAAGCCAAGGACGAAGACAAAGAUGAAGACGAGAAGGAGAAGGCCACGGGCUCGGCCGCCACCAUCGCCGCCACCGCCACCGCCGCCACCGCCGCCGCCGCCGCCACCGCCGCCGCCACAGCCACCGCCACAGCCUCCGCCUCCGCCAUGGAGGAGGACUCCGGAGCCGCCGCCUCCAGAACGGGCGGCAGCACCCAGGGCGACGGCGCCCCCAAGCCGGGCCCCGAGGAUGUGUCCGUGGACAUCGAGGCCAUCCGGAGGGUCUACGGCAGGCUGCUCUCCAACGAGAAGGUGGAGACCGCCUUCCUCAACGCGCUGGUGUACCUGUCGCCCAACGUGGAGUGCGACCUGACGUACCACAACGUGUACUCCCGAGACGCCAACUACCUGAACCUGUUCGUCAUCGUCAUGGAGAACAGGAACCUGCACAGCCCCGAGUACCUGGAGAUGGCGCUGCCGCUCUUCUGCAAAGCCAUGAGCAAGCUGCCCCUGGCGGCCCAGGCGAAGCUGGUCCGGCUGUGGUCCAGGUACAGCGCCGACCAGAUCCGGAGGAUGAUGGAGACCUUCCAGCAGCUCAUCACCUACAAGGUCAUCAGCAACGAGUUCAACAACCGCAACCUGGGCAGCGACCGGAACCUCGUCAACGACGACGACGCCAUCGUGGCCGCCUCCAAGUGCCUGAAGAUGGUGUACUACGCCAACGUGGUGGGCGGGGACGUGGACACCGGCCACAACGAGGACGAGGACGACGAGCCGCUGCCCGAGUCCAGCGAGCUGACCCUGCAGGAGCUGCUGGGCGAGGAGCGCCGGAACAAGAAGGGCCCGCGCGUGGACCCGCUGGAGACCGAGCUCGGCGUGAAGACCCUGGACUGCCGGCGGCCGCUCAUCCCCUUCGAGGAGUUCGUCAACGAGCCGCUCAACGACGUGCUGGAGAUGGACAAGGACUACACCUUCUUCAAGGUGGAGACGGAGAACAAGUUCUCCUUCAUGACCUGCCCCUUCAUCCUCAACGCCGUCACCAAGAACCUGGGCCUCUACUACGACAACCGGAUCCGCAUGUACAGCGAGCGCCGCAUCACCGUGCUCUACAGCCUGGUGCAGGGCCAGCAGCUCAACCCCUACCUGCGGCUCAAGGUGCGGCGCGACCACAUCAUCGACGACGCGCUGGUCCGGCUCGAGAUGAUCGCCAUGGAGAACCCCGCCGACCUGAAGAAGCAGCUGUACGUGGAGUUCGAAGGAGAGCAAGGAGUUGACGAGGGAGGGGUCUCCAAAGAGUUCUUCCAGCUGGUUGUGGAGGAGAUCUUCAACCCCGACAUUGGCAUGUUCACCUAUGACGAGAACACGAAGCUGUUCUGGUUCAACCCGUCCUCCUUCGAGACGGAGGGCCAGUUCACGCUCAUCGGCAUCGUGCUGGGCCUGGCCAUCUACAACAACUGCAUCCUGGACGUGCACUUCCCCAUGGUGGUCUACCGGAAGCUCCUGGGCAAGCAGGGCACCUUCCGGGACCUGGGCGACUCGCACCCGGUGCUGUUCCAGAGCCUGAAGGACCUGCUGGCGUACGAGGGCAGCGUGGAGGACGACAUGAUGAUCACCUUCCAGAUCUCGCAGACGGACCUGUUCGGGAACCCCAUGAUGUACGACCUGAAGGAGAACGGGGACAAGAUCCCCGUCACCAACGAGAACAGGAAGGAGUUUGUCAGUCUCUAUUCUGACUACAUUCUCAAUAAAUCAGUAGAGAAACAGUUCAAGGCUUUUCGAAGAGGUUUCCACAUGGUGACCAACGAGUCCCCCUUGAAGUACUUGUUCCGCCCGGAGGAGAUCGAGCUGCUCAUAUGCGGGAGCCGGAACCUGGAUUUCCAGGCGCUGGAAGAAACCACCGAAUAUGACGGCGGCUAUUCCCGGGACUCGUCUCUGAUCAGGGAAUUCUGGGACAUCGUGCACACGUUCACCGAGGAGCAGAAGCGGCUCUUCCUGCAGUUCACCACGGGCACAGACCGGGCGCCGGUGGGCGGGCUUGGCAAGCUGAAGAUGAUCAUCGCCAAGAACGGCCCCGACACAGAACGGUUACCCACGUCUCACACCUGCUUCAACGUCCUGUUACUCCCGGAAUAUUCCAGCAAAGAGAAGCUGAAAGAGCGGCUGCUGAAGGCCAUCACGUACGCCAAAGGCUUCGGCAUGCUGUAG